CGCAACCCGUCGAGAAUGCUGCAAGACGACGCGCGCCGCUGGCUGGCCUCGCCGCUGGUCGCGCUCCAUCUCUGCGCCUCCGUCGAGCACGCCGGUGCUAGCAUCCUCCAGAUGAUGAGCGCAUACGUAGUCUACACGUGGCUUGCCGCCGACGACCGCGACGACCCCGCGAGCUUUGCAGCGCUGCCCGUCGUCGGCAAGGGCGCGCUCUUGGCCUGCAUCGGCCACGUCGCUGCGUUCGCCUCGAUGCCGGCGUUCAUCGCGCUCUAUCGGUCGUUCAAGUGGCAGACGAUGACGUACAUUGGACUCAGCGUCGGGCUCACGGCCCUCGCGCUCGCAUGGAUGCUCAUGAGCAUCACCAACGUGCUCUCCAUCAUGUUUGUCCUCCGCGCGCUCGGCGCCGGCGUCAGCGGCGUCCUCGUCUCGAGCGUAUCGGCCGCGCAAGAGUACCACGGUAGCGUCGACGUGCAGUCGCUUCUCCGUCCGCAUUUUGGUCGCGUCAUGAGCGCGCUCUUCAUCGGACUUUGCGCCGUCGUCGACGUGGCCCAGGACCACGCGACGAUCCACAUAUCGUUCAUGUCGCUCAUGGCGCUCUUCUGCGUCCUCUGCGUCUUCCUCCUCCGCUUCUUCGUUCGCGCCCAGCGCAAGGCGCUCAAGGACGAAGAGAAGAACAACCUCCUCAUCGACGACAUCGAGAUGCCCGCGACGCCGCCUCCGGCAGUGCUCGGGGCGCCGCGCCCGCACUUUAACGACAUCCGCCGGCUCUGUCCGCAUUAUCUCUACGGCGCGACGACCGCGGGGCACCCGAUCUGGAUCAUUCAAGCGGGGCUCCUCGACGUCCACGCGCUGCAGCAAGCGGGCUUUACCUCGUACUGCCUCAAGGACCACUUUGCGUACAUGCUCUCGUACCUCCGCAGCACAAACCCAUCGACGCUCGUCGUUGUGCUGGACCUCGACGGCCUCAAGCUCAUCGAGACGCAAGGCUGGACCAUCGACUGGGUCUGCACGAUCGUGGCGCACCUGCAGCGCUGCGCCAAGGACGACACGCUGUGCCAGCUCUACGUCGUGAACGUUCCAUUUUGGUUUUCGUGGGUCUGGAAGACGAUCCGGUCGCACAUUGCCGAUGCGACAUUGUCGAAAAUUACGUUUUUGAAAGCCAAGCCCGGCUUCCGCAAAGCGACGCUCGAGCCGCUGCACCACGUUGUCGGCCGCCUCGCGCUGCUCCCGACCAUGUACGGCGGCGAGAACCCGAUUGCGCUCAGCGAGACGGACCAAGAGCUUGCACUCGACGCCCACAUUACGUCGCUCAACGCGACAUUAGAAAAGUCGCGCGAGCUCAUCUACAGCGAUGGCAGCGACGACGAAGACGCCUUCUUUGACUGCACGCCGGUCGUCGACGAGACACCAACGGCAACGACGAUGAGCAGCGACGACGAGUCACCGGUCCUCCGCGUCUUUGUCGCGCCGCCGCCCGCCCGCAUCUUUGUGCCGCUCCUGCAAAGCACGAACCGGCAGCUGCUUGCGAUGCUGCGCGCCUACACAAUGCACGUGACGCUCCACGUGGCGUUUGAUGCGCUGUACCCGAUGUGGGUGCUGCAGCACGCGUCGGAUUCAGCACCCUUGACACGUCUCGGUCUCGCGGCACUUGCCACGGGCGUUGCCUCGGGCGUGCACCUUGUUUUGCGGCAUGUGCCGCUUCCGCCGAUCGAUCGACUCUUUGCUCUCCAAGUGGCGGUGUUUGCGAUCUUCCCGCUGCUGCUGGUGCUCGACUCGAACGUCCUCUCAUGGCCCAUCGUCGUCGGCUUGCUUUUGGCCAAGGCGGUCGUCCAGGACGCUACGACGCGGUAUCUCUGGCGUCGCGUGUGCCAAGCGGCGUGUCCCGACCACAACGCUGAGAGCAAUGAAGACAACAUCCACAAGGUCCUCGAGCGCACGCUCGUAUGGCUCUGGCUCCUCGCCAACGCCUGCGGCAACCUCGUGCCGCCGAUUCUAGUGGCGCUGUUGCAGCACUUGUGGGCGGGUCAUGUUCGACUCGCGCUCGCUGCCAUAUACUGGGGCGCGGCCGCGCUGAUCGUGCUUUUGUAUAUGCGUGUGCGGCCGCAGUUGCACCAUAGCGUUCUCGACAGGAUCGUGUAGACGUGUGUAUCCCUCUAAAUUAUAGCAUGCUUGCUUGGCUCUUGAA